AUGUCUGCACUGUACGAGGACUUCGUCCAGUGUGGUGGCAAAUGGGUGAAUAGUAUGGUGCUGAAAACAAUCCGCCACAAACACAAAAACGGCAAGCGGGCUGCACGCAGAUGGUUGACGAAGAGCCAGCUUCUGGCACACUUUGGCGAUGAAUCCGUCGUGGAGGCUAUUGUGUUGCGAAAAGAGGCAGACAAGGAUCUGGCCGAAGCCGAGAUCCGAGAUCACCCGGACUUGCCAGGCAGGAUGAUCUUGACAUUCAAUGGAGCCACCAGAAACACAGCAGGACUGAAACAAUACCUCGUCCUCGUCGAGGACGAGGAGGUGGACGAAAGCGAAGAUGAAAUCGAACAGCUGUUCAAAACGGAGCAGCAUCUCGAAAGCGAGUCGAGUGACGACGAUUUGAAGGACCGGGCUAUGUACGACAGUGGCGAGGAGUCCAGCAGCAGCGGUGCUGCCAAGAAGAAGAACAGGUCCAAGGACAAGAAGGCUAAGAAAGAUAAGAAGGAGAAGAAAGAUAAGAAAAGCAAGAGCAAGAAGAACAAGAGGAAGAGGGGAGGCAAGGGAAAGAAUUUAAGGAGGGCCGAAACCCAAGAGGGUUUGGACAAGGAGCAAAGCCGGAAGGUGCAGCAGGAGGGAAAGAAGGCAGUCUUCACUCCGGUAGUUAUCAGCACCCUCAACCGGAAGAUCAAGGAUGCGACCACGAAGAUCGACUCAAAAGAGGUUGUCCGGGACGCCUUGAAGAAGGAUCUCCAGGCCGUGGUGAAGAAGCUCACCUCGGCCCGUAGCCACCUGCAGACGGCGCUGGACUCGGCUCAGGACAGCAAGAUCACCGACAAGACGACGGCUGCCAAGGAUGUUCUGGACCAAGCCGAGGGAUCGCUCACGGUUGGGAUUAAGAAGAAGACUGAGAAGAAGGGUGGAGACUAG